UAUCAAUUUUUGUCGAAACAAACAUGGAUCGUGAGGUUCAAGGAAAAAUUGCAGCAGUGACUGGUUCUGCCAAUGGCCUUGGGCUGGCUAUGGUCACCAGUUUCCUGGAACAAGGAGUAAAAUUGGCGAUCAUUCUUGAUAUGGACGAAGUCAAGGGAAACGAAGAGUGUGCAAAAUUGAAACAGAAGUAUGGGGACGGCAGAGUAGUCUUCUACAAAUGUAAUGUUUUAGACGAUUUGGAAAACAUCUACGAAACGAUCACAAAGAACCAUAAAUAUGUCGACAUCCUCGUCAACAAUGCCGGUGUUCUCGAUGAGAAAAACAUCAAAAGAACUAUGAACAUUAAUUCAAUCGCCGUCAUGGAAUGGACGGUAAAAUUUUACAAAAACAUGAGUUUAGCUAAUGGUGGUAAAGGUGGUACCAUCAUCAACGUGUCCUCGAUAUUCGGCUACAGAAUAACUCAGUUGUCACCGUAUUACCACGCCUCCAAGGCCGCGGUGAUUGGCUUCUCGAAAUCUAUCGGGCAUGAGAAGAAUUUUGAAAAAUCGGGCGUUCGUGUCAUUACACUGUGUCCCGGGAUGACACAUACGAAUUUAGCUGAUUUUCCAAACUUUUGGGAGGGAUGUUCCUUAGAAGAGUUAUCUGCGGGAUCGAAAAACGAAUGGCAAGAAACUUCAGCUGUUGGUAAGGGAAUCGUGGAAAUAUUCAAACAAGCUGACUCUGGCUCUGUCUGGCUCGUGGAGGGAUCGAGAUCUGCUGUAAAGAUAGAUGUUUAACAUUACGUAAAGGAUGAAAGAUGAGUUAAAUUGAUUCUUUUUAGCGCAUUUAAAAUAAAAGCUUGCUUUUUUU